AUGCCAACAGAUUUCAACAGACCACGAUCCUCCACCCUUUUCAGUCACCGCGGCAACCGAGACCGUUCACGUAGCAACCGCUAUCUCCAUGGAAACCGAUCAACAACCACUCAAGAUGCCGAAAGAAGGGGGUUGUUUGGUAAGCCUGACUUUUCCACAGCAGAAGGAUUCCAAAUUGCUUCGGAGAAAGCUCUAGCCGCAGCUCGAGAGCUUGUGGGGGAGAUAUCAGCCACGGUGAACAAACCUCCCUCCGCAGAAAUAGCCGUGAAGAUGGACGAAUUGUCCGACGUUCUCUGCCAAGUUGCCGACCUCUCUGAGUGUGUUCGUCUCGUGCACCCUGAUUCUAGGCUUCGCAACGCUGCCCAGCAGGCGAGCCUCGCCAUCAACGCAUACGUCGAAGAACUAAACACAAACGUUCGCCUCCACCGCUCUCUGCUUCAUUUCAUCACCAGCGAAGAAUUUGAAAAAUGCGACCCCGUCACUCAACGAACGACGCAGCUCUUGCUGCACGAUUUCGAAACGUGCGGAAUUCAUCUCGAUUUUGGCAAACGAGGGAAAGUUGUGGAGCUAAAUAAUCGAAUUUUGGAGCUGAGUCAUGGGUUUAUGGAGAACACGAAUCUGCCGACUCUAGUUCCCCGCAAGCAGUGUCCACAGGCGCUCGCGGAGCAUUUCUCAACCACUCGAGACGGUUCCCAUGUCGCUGUCGACCACGUUCCAUACCACAGUCCAGAUUCCAAACUCCGAUCUCUCGGUUAUGCUCUCUACUUUUCCGAGCUGCCAACGCAAGUGGGAAUCUUUGAAGAGAUUUUGAGAACACGGCACGACGUUUCAGUACUAGCUGGCUACGAAUCGUUUGCUCACAAGACGCUGAAGACGUGCAUGGUAGGUAAUCCGGAAACUGCCAUACGGUUUCUGGAGGAACUGAGCGAAAAGAAUUUGCCGCUGGCACGGGAAGAGGUGGAGGAAAUGAAACGAUUUCGCCCCUCAAAUAACGACCAAUCACCGCUCCAGUUGUGCGACGUGAACAUCUGCACCAGUGAAGCAAAAAAGAAAAUGUUUCAGUCGAAAAGCUCAGAACUACGCAAGUAUUUCUCUCUCGAAACGACGCUCCGUGGUCUCGCACGCUUGUUUCAGCAUUUGUUUGGUGUUACCAUGGAAACAGUCCCCGCCCAUCCAGGUGAAGUGUGGAGCAAUGACGUAAUGAAGCUGGCAUUUAGCUGCGAGGACGGCGAGCUUUUGGGAUACACUUACUGCGAUUUGUUCACUCGAGAAGGCAAAGCGAUAUCCGACUGUCAUUUCACCAUCCAGGGAGGGAGACAAAAGAGAAAUGGAGAGUACCAGAUUCCAAUUAUUGCCCUCUGCUGCAAUUUCUCGCGGAGUCAGUGUGGUCCCCGUGGCAACGACCCCCUACUCUCUCUCAGUGCUGUCGAGAAUUUAUUCCACGAAAUGGGCCACGCCCUCCACUCGGUCCUGGGCAGAUCCCGGUUCCAGAAUGUGACCGGGACGCGAUGCUCGACCGAUUUCGCCGAAGUACCGUCCACACUCAUGGAGCUGUUUCUGGCCGACUCUCGCGUACUGCAGUCCUUUGCAAGGCAUCAUGAAACUGGUCGUCCAAUCCACGGAUCGGACAUGUCCACAGUUCAACUGUCUGCUGCAGUUUUUCCUGCAUACGACCUACAGUUGCAGAUUGUGUACGCUCUGACGGACCUGUUGCUACACACUCGAAAACCUUCCAAAUCAUCUCCACUUCAACUGGCCCACGACAUUUACUGUCGCUAUGCACCGCUCCCGCCGUUGCCGGGGGCAACCUGGGUCCUCCGUUUCAACCAUUUCUAUGGUUACGGGGCUCGUUACUAUUCUUAUCUGUGGGCACGUGCUGUGUCUAGUCUCGUCUGGAAGAUCUGCUUUGCAAACAAUCCUUUCUCACGUGAGAGCGGAGACAGUUUACGAAACAUGCUAUCAUUUGGUGGAGGGUUGCCCCCCAACGAAUUAGUUCGAGAUCUCUUGAGCUUUGAACCCAGCGUGAGCGAUCUUGUGGACACACUCCAUUCCAGCGUCUUGGAACGCAGACAGAAAUUGACUCAACUUUCGACUGAUCACUCUGUGUAA